CACGGAGUCCCGAGGCCGGAUCGCCGGGGGCGCUGCCGCCCAUCCCGCGGGCCAUGCUCCGGGGCUGGCGCGGGCUCGGAGGCGGGAGGCUUCCUGGGAGCCAUGUGGCUGAACUGUGAGGCCAGACAAGAGGCCUCUGCCCUUGUGCUGUGAGCUUUGCUGUUCUUGUGAGAAUCAUGAAGCUGAACAAGAGGAGUGUGGUCCACUAUGCCCUGAGUGACUCCCCUGCAGACCACACAGGCUUCCUGCGCACUUGGGGGGGCCCAGGAACCCCACCUACCCCCAGUGGCACUGGCCGAAGAUGCUGGUUUGUCCUCAAGGGCAACCUGCUGUUCUCCUUUGAAAGUCAGGAGGGUCGGGCCCCGCUGAGCCUGGUGGUGCUGGAGGGCUGUACAGUGGAGCUGGCAGAGGCCCCCGUGCCAGAGGAGUUUGCCUUCGCCAUCCGCUUUGAUGCCCCCGGAGUGCGCCCACACCUACUGGCCGCAGAUGGGCAGGCGGCCCAGGAGGCCUGGGUGAAGGCGCUGUCUCGAGCCAGCUUUGGCUACAUGCGUCUGGUGGUGCGAGAGCUGGAGAGCCAGUUGCAGGAUGCCCGCCAGAGCCUGGCCUUGCAUCGCUGUGCAUCCUGGAAGACCGUUGCCAGCUGCCACAAGCUGCAGGCCCCUGGUCACUGGUCUCCAAGCAGGGAGAAUGGUCAUUUUCUCCCCAGGGAUUGCAGCCGUGUGGGCUCCACCGAAGAAGUGGGCAGCAGGCUAACAGGGCGGGAUUUGGCUGAGUGGGAGUUGCAGAGCCCUGCCAGCCUCCUCCUAAGCAGGGGGCAGAGCCCUGUGUCCCCUGAGACCUCCUGCUUUUCUACCCUGCACAACUGGUAUGGCCAGGAGAUCAUGGAGCUGAGGCGGGGAUGGCAGCAGAGGGCUCGGGGGAGUCAGCCAGAAUACAAGCAACAGGACAGGCCCUGA